GGUGUAAUCAGCGUACUAGAAUCCACUAGAUCCCCGGAUGACUGGUGGAAUAGAACAGCCCACGGUGUUCAGGGAUCAAGAGCCUAGCCAUCCUGCUACAAUAAGUUGCGAACUAUGAAAGAACAGUCGUAGAAAAACAUUUUGUAUUAUAUGGUCGAUGUUUUUCAACAGCUUAACCAUGUAAGAUAGGGCGUUCGUUCAGCUACGGACCACCGAAAACCCAUGGCAAGCAACUUGAAAUUUGGCUCGUAAAGCGCACUAUGGCUGCUUGGCCAAGUUUGCACAUGGAAGAGAGGAACCUGCUGCGGCGGCGCGAGUGGGAGCGCAGGAGCCAGGAGGCCCAGCAGCAGCAGGAGCAGUACCAGGAGAACGCACCCCUCUUCGGGGAGCCCUUUAAGACGAACAAAGGAGAUGAGCUCUCUAGCCGCAUCCAACAAAUGCUGGGCUGUUAUGAAGACAUGAAAGACUUGCACAAGAGCUUUGGCAGCGUGCCCAAAGACCUCUCUGCUUCGGUACCUUUUGGAAGGCCUGGCCUGCCCGCCCACUCCGAUACAUCCAAGCCCCCAUUCCAGAACCCUCCGCCCCCCUACGGAGACAGUCAGGCCGCCCCAGCCAGCCUCAGCGCCUCCCAGCCGUCUAAGAAGCCUCCUGCGCCGGAUCACACCUUGCUGUCUUCCGGCCACUACUCGCACCCCUCCGUCGAUCAUGCCAAGGGGAGCCCAGAACCCCAGGACAGAGAGAGUGAACCGUGGCCUGACAUGCGGGACUGUGCCAGCCUCCCCCCUGUCCUCUCUGCCCUCUCCCCCCCGUCCGACCCUCUGUCCCCCUUACAUUCCAGCGACCCUAGCGACUCCGAGCAACAUGACGCGUACGGUAAGGACAGCCCGGGGCCCCGCCAGCCCCUGCAGGGCCCCUCCGGGCCCUCUACCACAGUAGAGACGUUCCACGCGGAGGCCGAGAUGGAGGGCAUCCCCCUUGCCAGCGAGACGGCCCCUCUGCCCUCUCAGACCUUCCCCCUCCCCCUGUCCUCCAAGCCCAGCCUCGUCAUGCCCCAGAAGCCCACAGCCUACGUCCGGCCCAUGGACGGCCAGGACCAGGUAACCAGUGAGUCGCCGGAACUCAAGCCCUCGCCGGACUUUGACAGGCAGUCUUACGAGAGCUUACCCGACCUGAAGAGCAGCUCUAAGCCUGGCCUCCCCCAGCUGAAGGGACCCCCACCCUCCCUAGAGGCGCUGUCCAGUGAUGCCCAGUGUGUGGAGGAGAUCUUGAGGGAAAUGACCCACACCUGGCCUCCCCUCCUCACAGCCAUCCACACACCCAGCACUGCCGACCCUCCCAAGUUCAGCUUUCCCAACAAGGAGACCCAGCAUGGUCACUCUGGAUACUCGGUCCAAAAGCAUGAAGCCUGGCGUGGUUCCUCUCCUCCGCCACCUGUGCUGUCCUGUCAGCUGGAGCCCCCAGUGGCACAGAAGCGUUGCAGCGGGGGGGAGACGGCAAGCUCCAGCGAAUCAGAGAGCAGCUCUGGUUCAGAGUCUGACAGUGAGAGCAGCGAGAGUGGAGGGGAGGAGUUGGAGGAAGCCCCACCCCCUCAUAUAACCAGCCCCCCUCCCCCAGCCAAGGCUGACGGCCCUGCAGUGAAUGAGUGGCAGCUUGGUCGCUGGCUGGAGCUGAAGGAACCACAGCCCAGCCUGAGUGUGGAGACCCAGGGGGAUGCUUUGCACAGCUCCCCUUCCAGUCCUGCCUCCAGCCCCAAACUGCAGGAGGAGACCAACACGCCCCAGCACUACAACUCCCAUAGUUCACCUGCACGGCCUGCCAGCCCAGCACAGUACAGCUACCGCUCUCAGAGCCCACCCGUGCAGCCAGAGACCACAACACCAACACACUUUAACUACAAUUCCCAUAGUUCACCUGUGCGGACUGAGCCCAGAACACCACCCCACUACAACUACAAUUCCCACAGUUCACCCGUGCGGUCAGAGACUACAACACCAGCUCAUUACAACUACAGUUCUCAUACUUCCCCUGCACAGCCAGAGGUCAAAGACUCUGAGUCAAAGCCAUCUGGUCCCAAUCGGCAUAUCAGGUCCCAGUCUCCUUCCCCAUCCAUUGAUGUUGACAAUGGGCCCAGGAAGAUGGUGGGCCAGAAGAAGCCCAGUUCCAGCAGCAAAGCCCCACGGCAAGAAGACGACUUGCGCCAUGCGAACAGCAAGGAGUUGGCCUCCCAUCAAAAAGAUCCCUCCCUCACCGACCGGCCUAAAGUGAAGACGAAAACAGACCCAGCCAAGGCCCAGACCAAAGUCAGCUCGAAAGCCGACAAGAAGGCCGCCAAGCAGGCUGCCAAACAGGCCGCCAAGCAGGCCGCCAAGCGCACCUCGUCCGACAAGAAGAAGGCAAAAGAGGUCGCCCCCAGGGUCACUGUAAAGCUUUCCCUGCCCAAGGAGGCAGAUCCAGACACUCUGCCCCAAGCGCUCCCACCCCCCCAGCCCUCCCCGUCAGUCAAGAGCAAGAGCAGUAUCCUAGGCGACGGCCUGCCAAAGUCAAAGAAGAAGAAGAAGAAGGCGGCGCGAGAGCGCUCGCCAGCGCAGGGGAGUAAACGAAGCGCCCCUGCCAAAGCCGCUCAGGAGGCCCCUCGCACCCUUCUGGUGAAGAUCCAUCUCAGCCUGCUCUCCACGGUGCCCUCCGUGCCCCCGGUGCCCUCCGUGCCCAAGGCUGCCCGGCUCCCCGCGGGGGGCUCCGCCGAGCCUGGAGAGAAGAAGGCCGAGAGGGGAGCGGCUGCGCCAGCCAAAGCCAGCAAAAAGAGAUCAGCAGAGAAGGAGGACAAGUCUCAGCCCAGGAAGAAGUUAAAACUGGAUAAAGAGAGCAAGAGGCCUUCCUCUCCCAUCUCAUCUUUAUCAUCCUCAGCACCUCCCUGCCCUGGCUCCGACAAAUCUGAAGGCCCCAAGACUGUGCCGGAGGAGAAGAAGGAGAAGGAGCGCAAGAAGAAGAAGCCCCCGAGCUGCAGCACUCAAGCCCCCGCUGCACAGGAGCCCAUGAAGGGGGCCGGACACAAGCGGCCCCUGGCUGACGCGCCGGAGGCCAAAGCGUCCAGCCAGAAGAGCGAGGCCACAGCCAAGCACAAGAAGAGUUCCAGUAAACACAGUGAGCACACCAAGACUGGCAAGAAGUCACCAAAGAGCAGCUUUGCAGUCCCAGAACCUGCCCAGCCCAAACGGACUCCAGCCCCCCACAGAGUCCUGCUCAAGGUGGACGACAGGCAGUAUUCUGUGGAGCAUCACAUGAAGGAAGCCAAAAAACUGAAGCACAAAGCUGACGCUAUGUCCGAAAAGGUGGGCAAGUCCUUCUUCUACCUGGAAGCUGCCCUGUCCUUUGUGGAGAGUGGUAUUGCCAUGGAGACGGAUCCCCAGACGCCAAAGUCAGCAUACACCAUGUUCUCCGAGACGGUGGACCUGAUCCGGUUCAUAUUAAAACUGAGGAGCCCCUCAGACCCAGCAAGCCCUGCGUCAGAGAAAGACUUUGCCGUUUUAUGCAUGAGGUUCCAGUCCCUACUGCAGAUGGCCAUGUUCCGCUACAAACGAGAAGCAGCACUUAGGUACUCCAGAACCCUCACUGACCAUUUCAAGAGCUGCAAGACGUCUCCUUCCCCUCGCUUCUCAAAGAGUACCAAUACUCCUUCCCAGAUGUCUCCCAUGGCGUCUCCGGCCAGCUGCUCCAGCAGCUCUGGCCCCGCUUCCAGCCAGAGCUCGGGGACGGCGCCAGCCAACACCGUGGCACUGCCCCAGGCCAUCCACCAGGUGGCGUCCACCUACGUCAGCAUCACCGCCCUCUUCCUCAGUGCGCACAGCAUCUGGGAGCAGGCCGAGGAGAUGAGCCAGAAAGGCAGCGGGGCGCUGUUGGAGUUGGACUCUGCCAUUGGCCCUUUGACGCUGCUCUCCAGCAUGAGCGCAGUGGUGUGCUACACACGGCAGGGCCUCCACUGGCUCAGACAGGACUCCCAACAGAGACGCUGACCAGCCACCCUGCUCCUCGCACACACACACACACACACACACACACACACACACCUCUGCCCAAUACCCUGCAACUCUAGUGCAUUUUCAGAAAGGCACCAGUUGGGGGAAUAACUCAAAACUGGAUACUCUCGCACUUUUUGAGUUCAUUUCAGUCCCAGGGGAGCGCUCCUGUUGUGUUUUAGCCCUCGGUGGUCCUCUCGUCGUCUCACAGUCCCUCUGAAGCAGUGGUGCUGCUGGCCAAAACGUGCCACGACUGGAAUCAACGCCCUCAACCCCCAUAGCAGCAUAUCAGCUAUGCUGUCAGCCUCCCUUCCUUACACACACACUUACACACGCUCUCACACACACGCUCUCUCACACACACAC